CCUUUAUUGUUUUCAAACCCAUGCAAAUACAUGUUUCCAUUGCUAUGAAAAGAUGAUUGCCCUCAAAUCAGUUCAUCCUUUCUUCACACCUACUAAUAUCAAAUAUAACAUCUACCGCAAGAGAUUCCUCAACACAAAAGGUUCUGUAUUGUGCCUCUGCAAGUCCAAUGAAUCAGAUUCCCAAGCUCCCCAACCAGGAGAUAUCCGUAAACAAGAACUGCUAGCACAAAUUGCCAUGCUUCAAACUCAAAAAGUCCGUCUCACAGACUAUCUAGACGAGAGAUCUGCAUUUUUAACCCAAUUUGGUGAAGAAGCCAAGGCUGCGUUUGACAAAAUUGGAGAAGAUGCCCUCCAAGGAUUAGAUGAAGCUAGUGCCAGAAUAACAGAAAACAUAGAGAACCAGAUGGUGGAAUUUGAGGAAUCUGCAGAAAUUAUCAGACAAGGGAUUCAAGAGUGUGAAAACGAAUUAGAUGAGUUUGAAGUUCAAAUGGAGGACGGAAGAAACGAAGGGCUAUUCUUUAAGAACCUCAGAAGGAACGCACCUGUUGACAAAGCAAAAGCCAAGGAGGAGGCAGAGAAAAUCAAAGAUGUAACCAGAGAAAAAGCUGGUAGCGGGACAAGAAAAAGCAUUUACCUCUUCUUUAUUGGCCUGCUGGGCUUUGCAAUAGUAGAUUCUAUUGCCUCAUCAUCCACCGAUUGGAGAAAAGUAGCAGUUCUUGGAGCUAUUCUUGUGGCUUUAGUUUCUCAAUUCAUCUAUGAACAGAACAUGUCAUUAGAAACUGGAAAAACAAGAAAGACCGAUUCUGAAGAGGAAAAUAACUGAAGUUCAAUUUUUAAAUAGAUUUACUGAAAGUUUCUGUGGAAGACGGCAUUAUUAAUGGAUUGCGUGAUGCAAUAAACCCAAGUGGAAGCUUAUAACUUGGGCCUGAUAACAUCAUGCAGCUUUGCUUUGGCAUCAACAACAGCAGAUCUUGGGAUAUAACUACAAUCGCCAAAAUCUAAGUAACUGGGUUACCAUGUGAUGCUGAUGAAACUUUUCUUUCACAUCUUAUGUUAAAACAGAAAAGCAUACUCUUAUAAUCAUACUAGCUUUUAGACAGGUACAUUUGGAAGCUAACUUGCAUCUCUGCACCUUCUGUCAUAUAAACAAUUAAUGAGAAACUAAUAACUACACAAGGUCAUCCUUUUCUGUACAACUUAACAAAUUGGUGAA